AUGGAAUUACAUAUAUGGGGACGAUUAGGGACUUUUCAGGUAAAAAAUAAAUCAAUUGUAAUCCAAUAUGCUGUGAAAUCACUGUCAGCAACUCAUAGUAGUUUAUAUCUAUUGACAACAGAAGGAAAUUUAUUGCAAACAGAAAUAAGAGGAGACUCUAUUAGUUUAUUACAAAUUCCUAUUAGAAUAAAACCUAUACAAAUUUCUUGUGGGAGAGAACAUUGUGCAUUUGUGACUGACUCUAAUGAGAUAUAUACAUUGGGUCUCUCAGGAUAAAUGAUAUUUGCAGGCCAAAAUGAAAAAUCCCUAUUUUGGACUAAUUAAAUUUUUUUUAGAAAUUUUAAAUCCAUUUUCUCUUUAAGGGCAUUUCCUCUCUAUAUAUAAUUAUAAGCUAUAUACAUGAGGAAACGGUGAAUGAGGAGCACUAGGAUUAGGCCUAACUCAAAGCCAAAAUUUUCCAACAAAAGUAAAUUUAUCAAACGAUUUUUAUAUUGACAAAAUUUCAUGUGGAGGAUGGCAUACUAUUGCUAUAGGAAGGACUAAAACAGGCCACUCAUUUCUUAUGGUAACUGGCAGAGGAAAUGAAGGACAACUAGGAAACGGAAGAUCAAGCCGAGAAUUAAGCUUCACAAGAGUCGAAAUCAGCAAUAAUAUAAAAGAAGUCAGCUGUGGUAUAAAUCACUCAGCAGUAAUAGGAGAAUUUGGAAAUAUUUAUAUGACAGGAGAUAAUAGAUUUGGCCAGCUUGGGCUCGGCCAUAAAAGAAGCUGCUAUACAUUUCAAAGAAUAGAAAGCUUAGAAAUGGCCAAUAAAGUUGCAUGUGGGCAUCAUUCUGCCGCAAUAUGUAGAGGAAAGCUAUAUGUAUGAGGAACUGGGACUUUUGGAGAAUAUUUAGAGCCUAAUAUACUGAAUUGUAGUGAAAAUAUUGUGGAUAUCACUUUAGGAGAAUGCUCAGGAGCUGCUAUUACAGAAAAUGGAAAUUUGUGGACUUGGGGAAGUAAUAACCAUGGGGAAUUAGGGACGAGAAAUUUGGAUAAUCAUUCUUAUUUGACACAGGUUAAUGUGGAUUCAGAAAUUAAAAUUUUUUUGAUGGGAUCUUCAUUUCUUGCGAUUAUUUCGAAAAAAAAUAAUAAAAUAGUAAGAGAAAGCAUUAUUAAUGAAGCUGAAAAAGGAAAAGUCAAUUUGAGGUUAUCAAAUGCAGCACAAAGCAGACAAUUUUCAUUAGAUUCUUUAUAUUUAAGCCCUAAAGCUUCUUUAGAAUGCAUAGACCAAAGUUUUAUUUCAAAAAAUGCUCUUCAAUCAAUUAACAAUGCUUCAAAUUUGCUUGGGUCUCCAAUCAUUAAUAAUUUGCAAACUGAAGAAAUUGCUCUUUUGCAAAAGAAAAAUUCGAUGCUUAUUGAAACAAUUUCAGGUCUUAAAUCAGAGCAUUCUCAGCAGAUAAAUCAAUUAAAAGAAUCUUAUCAAGAGAUCAUAGAGAAGCUGAUAAUAGAAAAUAAAUCCCUUAAAGAAGAAAAUAUAUAUCUUACUCCUUCACCUUUAAAUUAGAAUAAAUUGAAUCAUUUUUUCAAUAGGAAAAUUUUAUAAGUAAAACAAUAAUUUUUAAUAAAAUUUUAUUUGACCUAGUUUAAUAGGAAAAAAUGUAAGAAGAAUAUUAUUGAAACAAUUUCAUACUGAAUUAGUUAUUUUUUGAAAUUAAUUCUUUAUAAUAUAAUUAAAAAUUUAAAAAUCUUUCAUAAAUUUAUAUAUUUUGAAUUUUUAAAUACCUCUAAAAAAAUAGAGGAAAAUUUAAUUUAAUUGAACUAGAUUUUUUGUUUCAUUUAAAGAGUUAAAGAAUUUAUUGAAAAAUCUCAAAAAAAUACAAAUAAUUUUGAAAAAAAAUAUCAAGAACAACCUCAAAAUAAUCGAUAUUUAAAUUUAAAGAAAGAAAGAAAUGAUAUCAUUAAAGGAGAAAUGACUUUUUAUAACAGUUUAGAGCAAAAUUUAGCGAAAAAAGCUAAAGAAUAUGAAGACCAAAGUGUUUUGUCAAGCCUUGAAUUUAAAGAAGCUUUAAAAUCUCUGCCUAUGACUCCUUUUAAAAUUGCAAGCUUAGAUCACUCGAUGUCUGAUUAUUCUCAAAGAUCUUCAUCAAAUAAUGUUCUUAUUAGCAAUAGAUUUCAUUUAAAAUUAGAAUCGCCACGCUCAAACGAUAAUUCAGCUUUGACCUCAUCAAGGAUAUCAAAAACAACACCAAGGGUUUCUUUAGUGUAUAAAAAAGGGUUCGAGGAUAUACCAUAAUUUUUAAAAGAUUUUAAAAUAAAAUAUAGAAUUUUUUCUUAUUUGUGAAGAAAUAGAGUAUUUAUUAUGAUAUGCAAAGGUUUAUUUAAUUUGAGAUGCAUAUUAAAAAUAAAGUAAAAGAGCUGAAGAAAAAUCGGAUGGUUUUGAAAAAUCAAAUGAAACAAUAUGAGAAAAUAUUCCAACCUAAUUAA